CAAUUCCCUUUUUUGUUUUUUCUUCUCUUGACAUUUGAGUCUUCAUUUUACCUUAUUAUUCUGUACUCGUGUGUGCUUGUACUUGUGUCCGUACUUGUGCUCUGAUUUUGUUUGCUGUUUUUUCUUUCUUUCUUUCAUAUACUUUUAAUAUAUCUAUAUAUCUAUAUAUCUAUAUCUAUAUAUAUAUAUAUAUAAAUAUAAAUAUAUAUUCUAUUUCUUUUUAAUUUGUGGUUUCUCGAUGCCUUACAAUCCUCCACGCCCACCUAUGCAUCCUGUGCCGUCCACACCAUCUGCACGGCCUGCACAGCCACCUCACCAACCUCAACAUCAUCACUUUCAGCCAAGAGAGCUCUAUGACUCGGCACCGUUCGAUUCUCGAUUCCCACCAUCGUUUAAUCACCGGCACCCACCUCACGACCAACAUCAACAACGAUUCCAACCUCACGACCAACAGCCGCGCUUUCCAUCGCCUCAGCAGCAACAUUAUCGCAGGAGAUCUCGUAGUCCCCCAAUGUCGAAUAGUCCAGGAGGAUUUAGAAGAGGAGAACGAGGAGCUCCUCAUUGGCAAUCAUCACCUUCAAAUGACCGAUAUGAACGAGAUGAACCACGAGAUAGAAUGGACCGCCGAGAUGAUCGGUUUAAUCAUCGCCACAAUAAUGACUUUGAUCAUUCCAGGCGGUUUGACGAUCGAUCAGAUAGACGGUCCCAAGAACCUUCCCCUCCCAAUAUCAAUGUCGUUCUUCGUGGUCUACCUGAUAAUGCACAAGAAAGAGAUAUUCAAAGAAAAUUAGAGUCAAUGGAAGCAAGUAUCGACGAAGUGACAUUGAUUAGAAGCCGUGAAACAGGUGAAUCACGGCAAUUUGCUUUUGUUCGGUUUACAAGUGUUGGUCAUGCAGUUCAGUUCUUUGAAAGAUACUUUCCGUAUUUCUUUAUGGGUGAGUACAGGGUCAGGAUCGAUUAUUGUCACAAGAAUGGUGUAAAGGACAAUAAACUAGAGUGGAGAUGUCAAAAGUGCAAGAAAUUUAAUGAGGACUACCGUCGUGUGUGUGUGGAAUGCAGAGCACCCUAUGAAAGCUCUACAGCCCAGACACGGUCAAAUGAGACAGAAUCGAUAGAAAUCAAUGAUGGAUCCAAAGACGUUUCGUUUACUCCUAGUAGCAUGAUCCUUAUCCGAAACCUUGACAACCUCACAACUGAAGAAACCUUGUUCCAAGCUCUUAAAGAAUUUGAAGGAUUGCAUCGUGUACUCUUGAUCCGUGACAAGUUGGCAAAAAUGUCGUGUGAAUAUGGCUUUGCCGAAUUCAAGAGUGCACAGCUGGCUGCAAAGGCCAUUGAAAGCAUGGGAGAUGAAUUCAAUGUCGAUCGUCGUACAGUAAAGAUAUCAUACGCCAACCCAGACAGUUUCUUGCCAGUUUAUGUGGCAUCUGAGUGGGCAGUGCGGGCCGAUGUUCCGGAUGGACUAUGGGCGUAUGGAGACAGACACUCUUAUGCAUGUGAAUACUCAGAAGCACUUGUUCAGGAACGAUUGAAAAAAGAAAAGGAACAGCAGGAAUUAGAAGCAAAGCGAUUACGAGAAGAGGAGGAAGAAAGAACAAAGAAAUUGGAAGAAGCAAUGAAACCCAAAGAAAAAGAAAGCCUUGAAGAUGAUUUGGAUGCCUUUUAUGCAGACAUGGGAGACUUCUUGUCAGAUGAAAAAGAUGGUAGCACGGAUAUAUUUUCUGUUCCAAAAGCAAAAUAGUAAAGAAAAAAAAAGACUCGUUUUUAUUAUCAUUAUUAUCUUUCACACUUACACACACUACAUAAUACAGUGCAAUGCAAUACAGUGCAUUAUGGUUCAAGAUAGUACACUAAACUACACUAAAUUACACUACAGUAUAAUACACACACACAAAUUAAAGGCUCUUAUUAAGAAAAUCAACAAUAAUUAAAAGGCCAAAAAUGAUUGUUACUUAUUG